GUAACGGCUGCUCCGCGAGCGCGGGGGACGGACGGGGCGAGCGAGCGCCAGCAGCCGCCGCUGCCGCUGCUCUCCAGUAGGAGGAGAGGCGCCGCGGGACCGGCCUGACGCAGCCAGCCGCUCCACCCACCUCCCCGCAGGGUUAGGGCGGAACACUCUGCCCGGGACUGCCUCCAAUUAGGCUCCAGUGAGGAGGAGCCGUUGACUGGAGAGACCGAGGCAGAAGGAGAAAGCGAUAGGAUUCCUGGCACUGGGAGCGGAGCAGGGGAUCGGGAGCACGGAGUGGGAGAUCGGGAGCAGGGGAUCGGGAGCACGGAGCAAGAGAUCGGGAUCAACAGGGAGCAGGAAAUCGAGAUCGAUCGGGAGUAGGGUGCAGGGGAUUGGGAUCAGCCGGGAGCAGGGGAUCGGGAGUACGGAGCAGGGGAUUGGGAUCAGUCGGGAGCAGGGGAUCGGGAGUACGGAGCAGGGGAUUGGGAUCGGGAUCAACCGGGAGCAGGAGAUCGGGAGUACGGAGCAGGGGCUUGGGAUCAGCCGGGAGCAGGGGAUUGCGAUCAAUGGGGAGCGGGGUGGUAUAAGGAUCAGCCGGGCAGGGGGUCGAGAUCAGCCCGGUGCUGGGAGCGGGGCAGGGGAUCGGGAUCAACCCGGGAGCGAGGAGUGGAGCAAGGGAUCGGGAUCAGGAUCCGCCCGGCGCAGGGAGCGGGGCAGGGGAUCGGGAUCAAGAUAAAGGAGCGGGGAUCGGGAUCAAGAUAAAGGAGCGGGGAUCGGGAUCAGCCAGGGAACAGAACAGACGAUUGCGACCAGCCCGGCAGUGGGAGCGGGGGCUAAGGUUAACUCAGGACAACUCUCCCGCAACAUUUUGAGACGUUGGCUGGUUCUCACUGGAGUGGCUGCAUCGGAACAAUUCUCAUCCCGAUCCCAGGAUCUCAAGUCUAUCAAGUUUAUACUGGGCAAGCGGAAGAACAGUGAGUAUUUGGCCUGGGAGGCUGGAGUUAGUCGCUCUCGCGUAGCGACUAAGUGAGGAAGACAAGAGCCUUGCACCACUGGAAACUCCUCGUCCUCCUCUCGAAGAAGCUUUGUUGUGCUGGGUUUACGAUGUGGAGGGCUCCUAAAGAUCGCGGACAAUUGCAGUCGGUCUGCAAAUGAAAUAAUCCAUAUGGAGCUACGAUGAAGGCAACGAUGAAGAGAGGGUCGAGGAUAUUGAUCAUUUUGAGAUUCGUGGAAGAAUAAAACUAAAGAAAACGACUGAUAAGAGAAUAAAAUAUAAAUGGAUGGAUAUUGUACACAACGUCCACUCAUUAUAAUGUGGCUAAUGUGUAACACUGUGAACACACUUACUGGAUUUGUCACUGUUUAACCAACAAAGAGUAACCAGAGGACAAAAAUGGCUCAACUUUCGCUGCAGGUGUUUUACUGCAGGAAAUAUUAACGAGUAAUUAAUCCGCAGGCAAUUCUGCUUUUUUGGUUAGAUCUUGUGUCUUUUGUAUAUUAAAUCUCCCAGGCGUUAUGCAUUAAAACUGUAACGUCGCACCGAAAGAAAAUCGCCUCUGCACGCAAAAUGUCUCAGAGUUUAUUACAAGGAAAGCGGUUUUUCUGCAGGGAGUGGGUUUUCCAUAAACUCCAGCAUUGUCUUCAAGAAAAGAACAAUGGAAAAGCAUUUGGGACCUCUAAUCCCAGUGGGAAUACUGGACCCUCGGGGAAAAACACUGGAGGAAUCGGGGGUAUUUUGGUCGUUGGGGGCCCCGGGAGUGGAAAAACUGCGCUGUGCACUGAGUUGGUUUGGCCCACCUGUCCACAGCUGGUUCAGCGGGGACUGCACCGGCAGACACUCGCCUUUCACUUCUGCAAAGCCCAGGAUGCAGACACGCUCUGCGUUAGCAACUUCAUACGAAGCCUUGUUUCUCAGAUUCGUAACAGCAGCCUGGUCCAGGGAUAUGAAGAGAAACUGCGAGAUCCGACCGUCCACAGCGUGCUGCAGGCUGGCGAAUGUGAGAGGAAUCCCGGGGAAGCGUUUAAAAGGUGUGUACUCCUGCCACUUUUGGGAAUAAAACCACCUCAACAGAAUCUCUUCAUCGUUGUGGACUCUGUUGAUGAAGGCUGCAAUUAUGCUGAAGGAGAGCAAAAACCAACAGGCUUGACACGGACUAUUGCAGAGCUUCUGGCAUCUCAUCAUGAGUUUUUCCCACCGUGGCUGAUGCUUGUCUGCUCUGCCAGAAGACAAAGCAAAAUGGUGACAAAAAUGUUCACAGGCUUCCGAAAAAUUAGCUUGGAUGAUCUACGUAAAGCCUACAUAGUGAAAGAUGUACAGCAGUAUAUCCUACAUCGGCUGGACCAAGAGGAAGCACUCAGGCAGCAUCUGACAAAAGAAACAGCUGAAAUGUUGAACCAACUUCAUAUUAAAAGCAGUGGCUGUUUCCUUUAUCUCGAACGUGUCCUUGAUGGAGUGGUGGAAAGUUUUAUUAUGCUGCGAGAGAUUAGGGAUAUUCCAGGAACACUGAAUGGACUCUAUCUCUGGCUUUGUCAGAGGCUCUUUGUGCGAAAACAAUUUGCAAAAGUGCAGCCUAUUCUAAAUGUAAUUUUGGCUGCUUGUAGGCCAUUGACGACUUUGGAAUUAUAUCAUGCAGUCUGGACAAAAAAUAUGACCAUGACAAUAGAAGAAUUUCAGCGGAAAUUAGAUAUAUUAUCAAAGGUUCUUGUUGAUGGCUUGGGGAGCACUAAAAUUCUGUUUCAUUACAGUUUUGCUGAGUGGUUGCUUGACGUGAAGCACUGCACCCAGAAAUACUUGUGUAAUGCAGCAGAGGGCCACAGAAUGUUGGCUAUGAGUUACACGUGUCGUGCAAAAGAACUCUCGCCUGUGGAAGUACAAGAGUUAGCUCUGCACCUGCUUAAUUCUAACUUGCAGCUGGAGACACAUCAUUUAGCUUUGUGGAUGAUUUGGAACAGUACGCCUGUGAAAGGAGCUUUGUCGACAAUGAUUCCUAAAGAACAGGAAAUACUACAGCUUUUAGUGAAGGCAGGAGCUCAUGUCAACAGUGAUGAUGACCGCACAUCGUGCAUUGUUCGGCAGGCAUUGGAGAGGGAGGACUCCAUUCGAACUCUUCUAGAUAAUGGUGCCUCUGUUAACCAGAUUGACUCUAAUGGAAGAACAUUGUUGGGUAGUGCAGCCUACAGUGGCAACUUAGAUGUAGUUAACCUACUGAUAUCCAGGGAAGCUGAUCUGGAAAUCGAAGAUAAUCAUGGACAGACAGCACUUACACUUGCUGCAAGGCAGGGUCACACCAAGGUUGUUAAUUGCCUCAUUGGACAUGGUGCUAACAUAAAUCAUACUGACCAAGAUGGAUGGACAGCUUUGAGGUCAGCAGCUUGGGGAGGUCACACUGAGGUGGUUUCUGCACUUCUUUAUGCUGGCGCUAAAGUGGAUUGUGCAGAUGCAGACAGUCGAACUGCUCUUAGGGCAGCAGCAUGGGGCGGACAUGAGGACAUUGUUCUAAACCUGCUUCAACAUGGAGCCGAGGUUAACAAAGCAGAUAAUGAAGGAAGGACGGCACUUAUUGCAGCAGCAUACAUGGGGCAUAGAGAAAUAGUUGAACACCUGGUUGAUCAUGGUGCUGUGAUAAAUCACGAAGAUGUGGAUGGAAGAACAGCUCUGUCAGUUGCUGCAUUGUGUGUCCCUGCAAGCAAAGGUCAUGCAUCAGUGGUUAGCUUGCUGAUUGACCGAGGAGCAGAAGUUGACCAUUGUGACAAAGAUGGUAUGACUCCACUAUUAGUCGCAGCCUAUGAAGGUCAUGUGGACGUUGUCGAUUUGCUUCUUGAAGGAGGGGCAGAUGUGGAUCACACAGAUAACAAUGGUCGUACUCCUCUUCUAGCUGCUGCUUCCAUGGGCCAUGCAUCUGUUGUAAACACCUUGUUGUUUUGGGGUGCAGCAGUGGAUACUAUUGAUAGUGAAGGAAGAACAGUAUUGAGUAUAGCCUCAGCACAAGGAAAUGUAGAAGUGGUGCGUACUCUGCUGGACAGAGGACUCGAUGAGAAUCAUAGGGAUGAUGCUGGUUGGACUCCAUUGCAUAUGUCAGCAUUUGAGGGUCAUCGAGUAGUAUGUGAAGCACUUAUUGAACAAGGUGCUAGAACUAAUGAGGUGGACAAUGAUGGUCGAAUCCCUUUAAUACUGGCUGGUCAGGAAGGCCAUUAUGACUGUGUACAGGUUAUGCUUGAAAACAAAUCAAAUGUGGAUCAGAGAGGCUAUGAUGGGAGGAAUGCAUUACGUGUUGCAUCAUUAGAAGGCCACAGAGAUGUAGUUGAACUUCUCUUGAGCCAUGGGGCCGAUGUUAAUUGCAAGGAUGCUGACAGCCGCCCAACUCUGUACAUCCUAGCACUUGAAAAUCAGCUAGCAAUGGCUGAAUAUUUGCUAGAAAAUGGAGCAAAUGUAGAAAGCACAGAUGCUGAGGGAAGAACUGCUUUGCAUGUUUCCUGCUGGCAGGGACACUUGGAAAUGGCUCAACUUUUGAUAAACUAUCAUGCUGAUGUUAAUUCUGCUGAUAAUGAGAAGAGGUCAGCUUUACAGUCUUCUGCAUGGCAGGGGCACAUGAAAGUUGUCCAGCUGCUGAUUGACCAUGGAGCAUCAGUAGAUCAUACAUGCAACCAGGGUGCCACUGCUCUUUGCAUUGCAGCCCAGGAAGGACAUGUGGAUGUUGUCCAAAUAUUGCUAGAACACGGUGCUGAUCCAAAUCAUGCAGACCAAUUUGGGCGCACUGCAAUGAGGGUUGCUGCAAAAGGUGGCCAUACACAAAUCAUAAAGUUAUUGGAAAAGUAUGGAGCCUCGAGUUUAAAUGGAUGUAGCCCAUCUCCAGUUCAUACAAUGGAACAGGCAGCCCCUCAGUCUGUCACUGUGAAAAUGCAGUCUUUGACAAUUAAAUCAAAUAGCUCAGGCAGCACUGGUGGAGGAGAUCUACAGUCUGCAAUGCGGGGUUUUUCUAAUGGCCCUCAACAUCCUUUUAGUUCACCCUCUGAAUCUCCAGAUUCAACAGUCGAUCGGCAGAAGUCCUCUCUGUCCAAUAAUUCACUAAAGAGUUCCAAAAACUCCUCUCUUCGCACAACAUCAUCCACAGCAACCGCCCAAACUGUACCUAUGGACAGUUUCCAUGGUAUGUCCUUCACAGAACAGAUACAGCAGCAUUCUUUGCCACGCAGUCGAAGCAGGCAGUCUAUUGUAUCUCCAUCAUCUACUACACGUUCCAUAGGACAGCAUGCUAGCUCCCCAACCAGUGAAUAUGAAUGGGGACAAAUGAAACCCAAUGUGAGAUCUAGUAAGAGCAGCAAAACUGGACACGGUGUGUCCAGUGAAGGUUCCAAAACUGCUUCGUCUGGAAAAAGAACAGCACAAAACAAACAAAACAGCUCCCCUCAGCCAAAGGUUUUAGAGUAUGAAAUGACACAACUUGACAAACGAACAGCCAUAAAUAAAAUGGUGCAGAGUAAUGCAGUAUCACUAAAACAGACAUCACAUGAAUCACAGUGUAAAAUCUUGAUUCCACAGAGUCCACAGGAAAAUACAAGGACUCAACAACAGUUCUUAAUUCAACAGCAUGGAGAACAGAAGAAACGAAAUGGAAUAAUGACAAAUCCAAAUUACUUGCAAGGGAAUCCUGUUUUUCUGAGCAGAGUUGCUGUUCCAAGAAGUGCACAGGAAAGAGGACAUAAUGAAUGUUUGGAAGGUUAUCCAUUAGCAGAGACUGAACUGAGUCUAAAGCAAGCCCUAAAAUUGCAGAUCGAAGGGACAGACCCAAGCUUUAAUUAUAAGAAAGAGACACCAUUGUAGCAGAUAAAACACAAAUGGAUUUCAUAGAAGUGCAGCAUUUAAUUCCCAUCUUACUUCGCUGCCAGUAACCUGAAGGCAUUGAACUAAUUGCAGCCUUAGUGGAUCUGGCCUGGUUAUGAUGAAGUCACUCAAUAUCAGUCCUAAAAGUACCUUUACUCGAUGGAAGCAGUGGAAGUGAAGUUUUACUACUAUUACGACGUUUCAUUAAAAAAACCAUUCUAUCUGUGCCCAUGAUUAAAGCUAUCUUUAAGUGUAACCAUAUAUAAAUAUAUGCUUUAUAUAUUUGUGUACUUUAUACUUUCAUAAGGACAAACCAUUAUAUGACACUAGAACAAUUAUAGAUAUUUUUUGAUGCAUUGGGGAGAGAUAAGAAUGCAGAAUGCAAAAUUGGAGUUAUGGCAAGACUGAUUGAAAACUGCAGCCCUGUGAGAAAACAAGGCAUUCCUGAUGUUCUAGAUCUGAUGUUUGCUGCAGAUUGCUGCAAAAUAUACCCAACCUACUGCUAUGAACUUGUAUUUGAAUUUGUACAUUGAUUACACAUGAAGCUUUUUGCCCUAUCUCUCCUUAAAUUAUUUAACAAAUUGAUUUCAUAGUUAAGCCAUCCACAUGAAACUGAAAGUGAUACUGGAAUGAGUCGGUCUCUUAUUUAUAUGUUUUUAUUAAGCAUUGAUGUGUAUGGAUACAUGCAAAACAAAAAGGCAACUUCAUGGUUUUGAAAGGAAGUUCUUUGUAAUGAAUUUAAGAUGGAUGUACAAAAUGUAAUGGUGUUCAAGAAUACAUGAUGAUUUUUAUAUGCAGUUUUCUUUCCCAUUUGACAAAAUGAUAUCCAACACCUAGCUGCAUAACGUGUCACAGAAAAGAAAACUGCUUGCUAUUUGUUUGUGGCUUUUUGUGUGGAGAAAAAGGUGUGUCACUGUAAGAUGUUGAAGGUAUAGAUGGCAGGACUACUGUGGUAUAUUGCAUGUCGAUACUUAGGCAAAAAGCUGAUUCCAAGGUGGGAUCAAUUUAUGUCCUGUAGAUUAGAAUUAGGUGUAGCCUCUUGGGAGAAAAGUUAGACAUUUAUAUUCUAACACAGUAUUUUUGUCCUGUGGACUAUUCUCUUUGAUCAAUAUAUUAAGAUAAAAGACUGCAGUUUCAGAUCUUGAAAGUGUUGACUUUGGCUCUUCAGGCUUUAUCAUGUGCCAUUAAUCCUAAAAUCCAAAACUGAAUCCUUGGUGCAGUGAAUCAGUAUAAAUACAACUUCAUUUUGGUCCUUUCUUGAGUUAUAUUACACAAGGAAUGUGCUUAAAACUUAAAAUAAUGCCUGCGGCCUUUAUUACUAUUUAGGUUUUAAAAAUGUCUUUCUUAAGAACCAUUCUGGUUAGACAAUAGCUACAGCUUGAUACAUAAGGUGCUAAGAUUUUCAGAGAAAGUUUUUUUAUUUAGACUUUUGUGAAUUCAUAUUUGGUUUGAACUCAU